AUGCGCUUUAUGGGGCCCCUUUGUGCAGGCAUGUCGCCCCUAUGGUGGUCAGACAAGCACAACAAGCACCAUGCCCUGACCAACGAGAUUGGUGUGGAUGAGGAUAUCGCCACAGAUCCCGUGCUUUUCGUCCGUGCACCGGAUCCAAAGAAUGAUUCAUGGCACCGGCGGAUACAGCACUUGACAGUCUUUGCAUUGAUUCCUUGGCACAUUAUUCCGGCGUACAUCUUAUUGUCGGGCUUGAUCACUGCCAUCAUCACCACAGCCACUCACCAAUCAGAAGAAAUGUUCGAGGACUUCAACCCGGACUUCGUGGACAACCAGUUCCGUAGCACUCGAGAUGCCACCGUGCGGAACCCCUUCGGCAAGUGGCUCUGGGGAGGCAUGCAAUACCAGUUGGAGCAUCACCUGUUUCCUUCGAUGCCACGGUCCAAAUACCCAGCCUUGCAGCCAAUCCUCAAGAAGUUUGCCGAGGUGAAUAAAGUCCCAGGAGGGGACGACGGUGGGACGUGCCUGGAGGGGUUGGUGCAGGGAUUGAGGUCUAGGAAUGGGUUGAGCUGCCAAGGCCUAAGGCUUUUGGGUGGAUGGGCUACCACCAGAGGGUUUCGCUUCCAAAAUCCUCAAGGCUUGGCAGCAUUCUAUGCUGGCGGGGUUCUCAGCAGCCCCUCCUUCCCCACCUCUGUUAGGGGCGAGCAAUAA